UCAAACCUUUUCUUUUCCCUCUUUAUUUCAACUUUGAAUUUUUUACUUUCUCGUAGAUUCUUAUAAAUUAGUUACUAAUCAAUCAAUGUUUUAUUAUCAACAGAAAAUAUACAUACUAAGAUUAUCACAUUUCUUUCUGAAAAUAAUACACAAUUUUUAUUUAGGAAUAAAACAUAUAUAUAGUAAUACUAAUAUAGAUACCUUUAUAAAUGUUUCUAAAAAUUAGUUGCACUUUUAUGAUGGGAUGUCUUUGUCAUUUUUUGUGGUUAUGAAGAUGAUAAUUUGGGAGCCAAUUAUGUACGUUCGAGAUUCAUAUUCUGGAUGAGAUUUUAACGAUAAAAACAAAUGUGGUACUAUAUUAAAUAUUCGUUUAUUAGUAGUAACAUAUAUAGACGUUAUAUACAUACAUCAUGUUUAUAUAUAAAAACGUGAAUAGUGAGUUAAAAAUACAAAUAAGCGAUAAGGUGGUUACCAUCUUGUUUUUUUUCUGUGCUAUGUUAGCUGGUUCAGUGGAUGUCAUUCUUUUGCGUUUGUUUUUACUCUUAGAAAAAAACAAGGAGCAUUAUAUUUUUUAGACGUACGCAAGGCUGAUUUAACGAUAUAGGUAGGUUGUGAUCCGGAUUUAGACAUGUUGUUAAUAUGAAUUUGUUAUUGUGUGCUAUUUUCUAACUUAAUGAGAUUCUAUAGUUAUGAUCGAGAACAUGUCAACGUGAUGGUUUAUAUUAGUUUGGUUGUCAUACAGUACUACUACUCAUAUUCAAAUCCCGGUGUGGCCAAUUAUAUUCUCUUUUUUCUGGUUAUGAAUUUGUAUGGUCCCAAAAACUUUAAAAAAUAAAAAUAAAUAAUAAACGUGAUGAUUAGAAUUUAAAAAAAAACCAGCGUUUGUUUGUGUCCAUAUAAAAUAUACACAAGCCGCGGAGAAACAAAAAAAACAAAAAAAAAUCUAAGUAGAGAGGAGAAAUAUGGUGGCUGUUCAGUUGUUCGCAUGGAAGCCAUUGAUAUUACCUUCUCAAGCUUUGAGUAGAGAUCGAUUCUCUCCUUCUUUUAACAGGAGCUGCUUGAGUUUACACUCUCUGCCUUUAGGUGGGAUUAAGUCUCUUAGUUUCAGAGGGACUGUUAAAGUCAACUCUCAAAGGACAGGAGACACAGAGCCUCCUAAUAAUAACUUUGGUUUAUUGAAAGAUUUCAAUUCCAAAUUCUACAAGAGUCUUCCAUAUAAACUUGUUAUUGGAUGCAUCCCACUGUAUGUUGUUUUGAGAAUAGCACAAAAGAUAUUUCAAGAGCUUCCCCAUCUUAUUCAGAACUCAGUGAAGGUUGGCUUGCCUUUUGCUUGUGCAUCCAACUCUCUAGGCAAAAAUUCUUUACUCAAGUCAAUUCCUUCUUCCAAUGAUAUCAAAUGGGGUAUUGCAAGGUCUUCUUACCUUUUCAAUACUCAGCUUGAGAAGAACAUUGGCACGUUAUCUGUGGUCCUCCUGAUAGUAUGCUUUUCGUUUGUUUUCAUUGGGGGAAUCCUAUUUUUCAAAUUCAGGAAAGACUCAUCCUUAGAAGACUGCCUCUGGGAGGCCUGGGCAUGCCUCGUUUCCACUGAUGUUCAUUUGGAGCAAAAGACACGCUUUGAAAGACUCAUUGGAGUUGUCCUUGCCAUAUGGGGAAUAGUGUUUUACUCUCGCCUUUUAAGCACAAUGACAGAACAAUUUCGGUAUCAUAUGAAAAAAGUGAGGGAAGGGGCACAUGUACAAGUCCUAGAAUCUGAUCAUAUCAUCAUUUGUGGAAUAAACAGUCAUCUGCCUUUCAUACUAAAGCAACUCAACAGUUAUCAAGAGCAUGCUGUUCGCUUAGGUACCGCCACAGCUAGAAAGCAGACACUUCUACUCAUGUCUGAUACUCCGAGGAAAGAGAUGGACAAGCUAGCUGAGGCUUACUCCAAAGAUUUUGAUCAUGUUGACAUCCUUACAAAGAGUUGUAGUCUUAACAUGACGAAUUCAUUUGAGAGGGCUGCCGUCUCUAUGGCCCGUGCCGUUAUCAUACUACCAACGAAAGGUGAUCGGUAUGAAGUUGAUACAGACGCAUUUCUUUCUGUAUUAGCUCUUCAACCUAUACAAAAGAUGGAAUCCAUCCCAACCAUUGUAGAGGUAUCAAGCUCUAAUACGUAUGAUCUUCUCAAGUCUAUAUCGGGGUUGAAAGUGGAGCCGGUUGAAAAUUCUACAUCCAAAUUGUUUGUCCAAUGCUCACGUCAAAAGGGCCUGAUAAAGAUCUACAGGCACCUACUAAAUUACUCAAAAAAUGUAUUUAAUCUUUGCAGCUUCCCUAAUCUAACUGGGAUCAAGUAUAGACAAUUAAGACAGGGGUUCCAGGAGGUUGUGGUUUGUGGUCUUUUACGAGAUGGGAAAGUAAAUUUCCAUCCAAGUGAUGACGAAGAGCUCAUGGAAACCGACAAACUAUUGUUUAUUGCACCUCUCAAGAAGGACUUUUUAUAUACAGAAAUGAAAACUGAGAACAUGACAGUAGAUGAGACUAAUGAGACUAGGAAGCAAGUGUUUGAGGAAAAAACAUCACGGCUAGAGAAGAUCACAACGCGUCCUAGUAAAUCCUUAUCAAAGUUUAAGCAGGGAUCAGAUACCUUCGAAGGACCAAAAGAAUCUAUACUUUUGAUUGGUUGGCGUGGAGAUGUUGCGCAUAUGAUCAAGGAGUUUGACAAUUAUGUUGGUCCUGGCAGUACAUUGGAAAUAUUAUCAGAUGUACCUUUAGAGGACAGAAGAGGAUUGGACAAGAGUAUAGGUUCAGGAAAAAUCAAGAACAUCCAAGUUUCACAUAACGUUGGGAAUCCUUUGGAUGAUGAUACACUUAAGGAAACUAUAAUGCAGAUGCAGAGUAGAUAUGAAAAAAGUGAAGAAGAUAUUCGUCUGACUAUCGUUGUAAUAUCGGAUCGAGACUUGCUUCUUGGAGAUCCAUCUAGAGCAGACAAACAAUCUGCUUACACUCUUCUCCUCGCUGAAAGCAUCUGCACCAAGCUUGGAGUUAAGGUGCAUAAUCUAGCCUCUGAAAUCGUCGACACAAAACUCGGCAAGCAGAUAACAAAACUCAAGCCGUCCCUAACCUUCAUAGCAGCUGAGGAAGUUAUGAGCCUUGUAACAGCACAAGUUGCUGAAAACAGCGAACUGAAUGAUGUAUGGAAGGACAUUUUGGACGCAGAGGGUGAUGAGAUAUACGUAAAGGACAUUGAGCUGUACAUGAAAGAGGGCGAGAACCCUUCAUUCACGGAGCUCUCCGAGCGAGCUUGGCUAAGGAGAGAAGUUGCCAUUGGCUACAUAAAAGGCGGUAAAAAGAUAAUCAAUCCGGUUCCAAAGACGGAACCUCUCUCCCUCGAAAUGGGAGACUCAUUGAUUGUUAUAUCCGAGCUUGAAGGAGACCAAAUUAUAACACUAUGAAACAUAUGAUAUUCCACAUGCUAUAGUUUCUCACAAAUGCAAGCAUCAAAUAAGAUAUAAGAUAUAUAUACGUUUUAAAAACUAAAAUACCAUUGAGUUGAUAAGAGACUAUAGAAAACUAAACAAUUGUUUGUUGUGAGAAAGUAAGAACCAUCUCAAUUAUUAGUUUCAAAUUCAGUUGUAUCAAUGUAACCUCAUAAAUCCAGUUGAAAAAGUGUCUUGUUUA